AUGGGAGAAGGAAACAAUGUCACAGAAUUUGUCCUGCUGGGACUCACUCAGGAUCCUGCUGGGCAACGAGUAUUAUUUGUCAUGUUUUUACUCAUCUACGUUGUAACAAUGGCUGGCAACCUGCUCAUUGUGGGGACAGUGGUUGCCAGCCCCUCCUUGGGCUCUCCGAUGUACUUCUUCCUUGCCUGCCUUUCCUUCCUGGACAUUGCUUAUUCCACUUCCAUCUCACCAAAGUUGAUUAUGGACUUGCUCCGUGAUAAAAAGUCCAUCUCCUUCACAGCUUGCAUGAGCCAGCUCUUUGUAGAGCAUCUAUUUGGUGGCACUGAGAUUGUGAUUCUGGUGGUGAUGGCCUAUGAUCGCUAUGUGGCCAUCUGUAAGCCACUGCACUAUUUAAGCAUCAUGAAUCAAAAGAUUUGUAUCAUCUUGUUGGGAUUUUCCUGGGUCGGAGGUUUUACACACUCGAUGAUUCAAAUUUUAUUUGUUUUCAACCUUCCUUUCUGUGGUCCUAAUAUUAUUGACCACUUUAUGUGUGACAUGUCUCCAUUACUGGAACUUGUGUGUUCUGACACCUACUUCAUUGGUCUCGCUCUUAUUGCCAAUGGUGGAGCCAUGUGUAUUGUAGUCUUUAUACUUCUUACAGUGUCCUAUGGGAUUGUCCUAAGAUCGCUCAAGACUCACAGUCAGGAAGGGCGGCGCAAAGCCCUGUCCACAUGCAGCUCCCACAUCAUGGUGGUUGUUCUUUUUUUUGUUCCCUGCAUUUUCAUGUAUGCCAGACCUGUUUAUAACUUUUCUAGUGACAAGUAUAUUACUGUAUUUUAUACGGUUUUCACUCCUAUGCUAAAUCCCUUAAUAUACACGUUAAGAAAUUCAGAAAUGAAAAUUUCAAUGCAAAAACUCUGGUGUAAAAUGUUAAGUACGAAUAGAAUUAGAUUGCCUUCUCACUGA